UACAAAAUCAAAUAUGGAAUACCGAACUUUAGACCUGACUCUCAUUUCCGCAAAUGGACUAAAAAAAUCACAUCUCAACAACAACAUGGAGGUCUACGCAGUCGCAUCCAUCUCUGGCUCGAACCGCGAGUUCUACAAAUACCGAACACCAGUCGACAAACACGGAGGGUCCGACCCGAGAUGGAACCAUCCAAUUAAAUUCAACGUUGAAGAAUCUUUGGCCCAACAAAACCGACUAAGCUUAAUUGUAAAAAUCAAAUCGGUUGGGUUGUUUUGGGACAAGAAAUUAGGUGAAGUCAGAAUUCCAAUAAAAGAGCUUUUUGACGGAGUGACAAAAGAAGGCAAACCUGUGCAAAAUAUUAGCUAUCAAGUGACACGUCCAUCUGGGAAAAACCAAGGGAUUUUAAAUUUUUCUUAUAAAAUUGGUGAAUUAUUUCAAGAGCCUGUUACGGCUUAUCCUGCGGCUUACCCGCCGCAACAACGACAACCACCGGUUUAUGGUGGGUAUCCGGCGCAAGCACCGGUUGGGUAUGGUGGAUACCCACCGCCGCCACCGGUGUACGGCGGAUAUGCGCAACCACAACCGCAACCGGUAGUUGUUCAGCAGCGGCCUGCAAGUAAUUAUAGUGGUCUUGGUAUGGGGUUGGGAGCUGGUUUGCUUGGUGGUCUGUUGAUUUCUGAUAUUGCUUCUCAUAGUGGUGGUGGGUGUGGUGGUGGGUGUGGCGGUGGCUGUGGUGGUGGCUGCGGUGGUGGAGGAUGUGGUGGCGGUUGCGGUGGUUGAGAUGCUACGUAUGUUGAGGUGGCCAAAAUCUUUAUGCUACGUGCCUUAGUUUUAGGACUUUUAGUUUGUUCAUGUAGCCAUGUAGG